AGGAAGGGAAGCGGCCUUUCGAAUUGCUGUCGCCGCUGUUCAGCGCCUUGUUCCAGGGCUACAAUUUUGACAGAAGCCCAGGAACUUGUGUCCCUAGUUCCCCGUGUUCGUUCUAUCCAACUGUCCCCUUGGAACUGCCCCCGAAAUUUUAGAAUAGUACCCUGGUAAAAAGUGAGGAGGCGAGAUCCCUUUGUAAUCUACACCUCACGUGCUAAAGGAUGCUUGAGUCUAUUCGAGUCACUGAAAAGCUUCACUGGCCAGAGCAAGAACUUUCCAAGAAGUCCAUCUUGAAGCCUGAAGAACAGAAAUUCCUUUGCAUGAAUGAAACCAGAAGUGUUAAGUCCUGCAUCCUGAAGGACAACUUUACCACAGGGACAAGCAGCUACAAUGUUUUGCUGCAGAGCAAAGAGGAAAAAAAGCGUCAGAAACAUUCAUCAGCCCACCACAAAAGACUCCGGAAGCCCACCAAAUCCACUCAUGGCUCACGUAGUAAUGAACGCCACAAAGUUAAGACACCACUGUUCAUACCCCCAAAUGGGUGGUGCUGUUUCAAAAGACACUCCUAUUUUAUUCCCAGCUCACUCCGCAAUGGGAUUAAAUUAGCACAAAGUAUUUCAGUAACAGGGAACAGCAUAGGAUUGUCAACUCCACCCAAGAACAAAUGUAAAAGACAUUUUACCUUUAGCCUAGGAAAGCCCAAACAGUUGCAGACAUCUAAAAGCUGCUUAAAAGAUGGAGAUGCCACUGGUCGAAAGUUUUGUAUCCUCACUGCAAUCAAGCCUUCCAAUGUAGAAAGGGAGAAGAUCAAGUUUUUCAAAUCAGAUUUUACCUCUAACCCACAGUUUGAAUAUGCAAGUUCUGCCCUGCCCAGUGUACUUGAAAAGUACAGCCAAGCAUCCAGCUUAUUUCUUAAACAGGCUAUCAGAAUUAUGGAACUCACUUUGCAAAAAUAUGGAAGUUAUGAAAAUUUUGAACAGUCCACUGGAGGAAGCCUGUUGCCUAGGAGUCGCAUCUGGAAUCAUGUCCGAAAAUACAUGGCAAAAGAAGGCUGCCUGGGCGAGAUUGUGGUUCACCUUUCUGAAGACUUGCUUUCUCGGGCCUCAAUGACUGUGGUGAAUGGCCGUCCAACUCUUACCAUCAAUAUUUCCACUGCAAGGGAACAUUGGUUAGAAGGGAUGCUCAGGCAUGAAAUAGGAACUCAUUAUCUUAGGGGCAUUAACAACAAUAGCCAAUUAUGGAACAACUGGAGCGGGCGCCGGAAGCAUGGGUUAAAACCCAUCAACCCCACUGAGGAAGGCCUGGCCAGUAUUCACAGUGUUCUCUUUCGAAAAGAUCCUUUCCUGUGGCGGGCCGCCCUCCUGUAUUAUACUGUCUACCAAGCCAGCCAAAUGUCUUUCAGAGACCUCUUUCAGGACAUUGGGAGGUUUGUCACUGAUCCCAAUACUAGGUGGGAUUAUUGCGUUCGAGCCAAGAGGGGUUGGACUGAUACUUCACAACCAGGGUGCUUUAGUAAAGAUCAGGUCUACUUGGAUGGCAUCCUACGACUUCUGAGAUACCGACAUUCUAUUGAUUUCUACUUAUUGACAGCUCUAGGAAAGGUUUCAUAUGAGGAUUUGGAUCGUCUGAAGGAUUUAGGAAUGACUGAAAAUAUGAGGGUGCCACAUUUUUUGCAAGACUAUUCUCGGUACAUGGAACAUCUAGAAAAGAUCAUGGAAGUCAAUGAGCUAUCUGACACUGAACUCCAAGCUCUUGUACCCUAAACCAGCCUAUCUCUGUUUCACAUGAGUCACUCUUAUGUUUCAGCUCUGAUAUAACUCAUAGAGUGGAUUAACUGAACUUAUUUUUGAUCCCUGGCAAAACUCAUAUUUUUUGGACCUGCUUCUGUUUUUUAAGACUGAAAAACUCUAGCUACAAAUCUGAAACUCAAUUGUCUUUCAAAGAAAGAAAGAAAAAUCCAGUCUGGCCGUUUUAAGUAUGAGGCUAUAUGUAAACCAAACAGAUUAAAUUGUAGCUGUAACACAGGCAUUAUCUUUUAAGAAAUUAUUGUAUAGAUUUGUCAAUAGAGCUUUUUCAGAUUUUACUGGCUUUUGAAUUGUCUUUCUAGAGUAUACUAUUUAAUAUUUUGGGGCUUAGCUUCUUUCAAUUUAUUUAGAUAAUUGUCUUCUGCUAUAUCAAAAGGAUCAAGUCUGUGCUUUAACCAUUAGAAUUGCAAGGAUACCACUGAAUGCUUGAAAAACACUAGAAACAUAGCUAUCUCUCAUGACUAUGGAUGUAUGCUCUUGCGGAUUUUGCAUUUACAGUGUAUAAUCCAUUUGAUGUCAGUUUGUCUCAUUGUAAUUCACUAAUGGAAAUUACGUGAAAGGGUAGGGAAGGAAGAUCUCCUUUCAUAUUUAUUAGUUUACUAAGAACAUUUCACUGACUUGUCUUUAUGUUUUCAUAUUUCAUGAAAUUUAAUUUAAGGAAAUGACAUUAUUUUCCUCUUUAUUUUUGAUCAUGUAUAAAUAAAUUUACAAGAGGAAAUUGGAAAGAAAUAAAACUUGGAAUUCUAUUUUUUUUAUCCUCUAUUCAGACCCAUACUGAAAUAUAUUGAUAUGUAAAAAAUUCUUUCUGUUUGUUAGAUAUAGUUAUAAAAAUAGUUAGUGUAAUGCUUAUGAGAUGUUUUGUUGGAUUAAUAUACAGUGCAAAUGGGUUUGUACACUAAACAAAAAUCUUUAAUUUGUUUAUGUAUGACUGCAAAAGCACAGAAGCCUAUUUGAAAAGUUUAGGCUGGACACCAGUUUUUGUUUUUCUCUUUUUAAGACAUUGAUACUUUUGUUUUUGGCACAUAUACAUUUAGCACAAAGUAUGGGAUGUAGAGCUCUAUACCCAUUUUAGAGUAGGUUUUACAAAUCCUUCCACAUAUCUUGGUAUUAUUUAAUUCAAUGACAGCCUAUUGAUGCAAAAUUACAUAUUUUGAAUAAAAACCUUAUAUACAAGAAGAUUGGAAAAAUAAUUCAUCAUAAUAGAAUUGUGAAAAUAUUCUUCAAUAUAAUGACAAUCUAAGACAGAUGGUACAAAGAUCAAGAAUAUGCAUUGAAUUUGAUGCAAAUUAAUAUAUCCUGUUAUUAGAAUCUUAUUUAUGUUGGAUCCAUCAACAUUGAUUUCUGAACUGUGUGAAUUCAAUGAAGAGACUACUGUUGAUUUUAAGGAUCUCUGGUUUAGAACAAAAUUCAAUUAAAUUGAUAGUUCAUCAUAAUACUUUAUUAUCCCAGUUAAACAACAGCUUAUCUUGAAUAAAGUCUAAAUGUUCAUUAUA